GGGCCUGGACAGACCGGAGGUGACAUGGCCUCAGCUCAGCCGGAGCAGUCCAGGGUCCUGCAGGACGAGCUUACCUGCACCGUGUGCCUGGACCUGUACCGGGACCCACACUUGCUCCCGUGUGGACACAGUUUUUGUAAAACCUGCCUUGAUCGCCUGAAGCGGCAAGCGAACCGAGGCCGUUUACACUGUCCCGAGUGCCGCGACAGCCACCGGUGCGACACCGCCUUCCAGAAGAACUUCAAACUCGCCAACAUCGCGGACGACUAUCGUGUCAACACCACUGCUUUAAGCUCUCGGGAGCUGCUGUCGUCUUCUCUGAGUGCCGCCGGUGUGUCAGCUGUUCCAUGUGACUACUGCCUUGCAGUGGCCACCGAGACGCCGGGCGUCAGCACCGCCGAGGAAGGAGCCUCUGCUGCUUCUGACUCCCAGGAAGCUUCUGCCGCUGCCUCUGUCGCACCAAUGCUCGCUGUCAGGUCGUGCCUGAAGUGUGAGGUGUCCAUGUGCCAGGAGCAUGUGAUGCCACAUCUGGAGCUGCCGGCGUUUCGCCAACAUCCCCUCAUCGAACCACUGAAUGACUUCUGGAAAAGGAGGUGCCCCACGCAUGAUGAGAUCUUCAGGUACUACCGCAUGGAUGACAGGAAGUGUUUGUGCAAAGCUUGCAUCACUGAGGGACGACAGGUUGGACACACAGUCAAGGCCCCGUACAGUGCAACUAAAGACCUGCAGAAGUUUAAGAACUACUGUGAGCAGCGUUUCAUCAAACUUGGAGAAGAGAUAAAGGCCAAGAUGGUCCUCUUCAUAUCCAGACUGCAAGAAGCACUGCGGUUCUUUGAGGCCGAGUCAGGCCUGGUGAUCCAGAAGAACAUCUCCAGGAUCUCUGAGGACCUGACGCGCCUCCGGGAGGCCCGCUGCAGUCUGGAGGCCCUCAUGCAGGAAAACGAUCCGUUCCGCUUCAUCGAGGCAUACCAGACGACGGGGAUACAGUGCUGCACAGAGCUGACAAAACCCGUGUUCGACCCAGAAAAUGUUAACAUGCAGAGGAUCUUUUUAAGAUUGUCUAUGGACUGGUACGUCAAGACGUUUUUGGAGGUGGAGCUGGCCCAUCACUUCAAAGCUGCCAUCAUUUCCCUGUGUAAGAACCUCCGAGUCAUUUAG